AUCUUGAAUAGUUGGGAAGCAGCCUUUGUGACCGAGGUGAAACGAUGUGGCGAAGUGCUCCAACGACAUACGUGCCGGGCUGUUUGCCAUAAGUAUGGCAAUGAUGCUCGCUGUCGCUUUCUUUUUCCACACGAGAUAGUAGAGACCUCUUACUUCGACCCGGAAACAAACUCAGUCGUUCUUAUGUGUCGGGAUGGAAAUGUUAAUUAUUUCAAUCCGUACCUUCUUGUCUUUUGCAGGCACAAUCAUGACAUUAAAUGUAUAUUGUCGGGCAAAGGUGCGAAGGCCGCUAUGUUCUACAUUUCUGAUUAUAUUACGAAGAUGGACUUGAAGACGUAUGAGGUGUUAUCACUGCUC